AUGCGCCAGCUAACACCAAAGCCCAAGGCCGGGCAACAUGUGCUUACUGGGCUUCUUUUGAGUUAUUGCGAAUGCGGAUCCUCUUCGAUUGAGGGCCAAACCCGCUGCACGCUGGGGAGUUUUAUGUACAGUUUGAUGGUGCCAGCGUUACUCACUUGCUGGGUUCUGGGCUCAAAUUACAGGCAGAAGCUGAGGCUGAAGUACAACUUGGUCGAAGCUCCGUACGAGGAUUGGGCAGUUCAUCUCUUCUGCCCUUGUUGCGCUCUCUGCCAAGAGUACAGAGAGCUUGAGAGGAGAGGACUUGAUCCUUCUCUAGGUUGGAUGGGUCAUCUGGCUAAACAACAGUACGCGCAGACGACUCCUCCCACAAAUCAGUCCAUGACCAAAUGAAAAAUCUCUUCUAGAGGAACUUUCCACUGUUUUUGUUGUUGUCUCUCCAGCAUUCUAAUUAUUUCUCCUCUGAGCCUUGCAGGGUUGUGACAGAACAGAAGCCACAUCUUCAUUUUGUGGGUUUUUUUUUUAAAUUUAUUUCUGUAGUUUUCGCUCAAUUGUUUGGGAAUUGGAAGUUGUUUUUCAUCCAAAUAAAUGGCCGUGAGGCAUGAAUCUCUUUUGGUGGCAAAAGACAGACUAAUGUCUUGCUGAUGCAUCUAUUUAGCACUCGCAAGUCUAAACAAUAAGCAGCGCGACGCUUGACCAUCAUCUUCAAUGAACUAGU